AUGACCACGAAACUGCAUGCCAGUCUUCCCUCCAUGUUAUCUCCAGACAGCAAGAUAUUGGUAACUGGCGGCCACGGAUUUAUCGGUGGCCACGUUGCCCGACGUCUGUGUGCCGAUGGCUACAAAGUUCGCGUCACGGACAUAAAUCCCCAGUCCUAUCUCGAUGUUCCUCGGAAUGCAGAUUUCCUGCUGGGUAACCUCUGCGACCCGACAUUUUGCAUGAAGGCAGUCCACGGCGUCGACGUCGUACUUCAUUUUGCAGCUACAGUGGGCGGCAUGGGGGUCAUUCAUUCUGACAAUAAUCUCAUCAUCUACGAAGAAAAUCAUUCUAUGAUUCUGAAUCUGCUCUCGGCUUGUCUCUCACAUAAUGUGCGCGGAUUCUUCUACGCAUCCUCGGCAUGUGUAUAUCCCGAUUCACUGCAAGGUAACGGGGACGUGGAUGUCUCUCUGAGGGAAGAUGAUGUCUGGGCAGCGCUACCUCCUUGUCCGCAAGGCUUGUAUGGGUUGGAAAAGCUGAACACGGAGCAGGUACUACAUUCGUAUGCAUCAACGCUUGCGAUACGUGUUGCUCGCUUUCACAAUGUGUACGGGCCUGGCGGAUGUUGGAACGGAGGUCGCGAGAAGGCCCCCGCCGCACUUCUUCGGAAAGCUUUGGCUGCAAGAGCGGCGGGGACCUUCCCUUUCGAUCUAGAGCUCUGGGGAGACGGGUUUCAAAGGAGGUCCUUCUGCUACAUCGACGAUGCGGUCGAAGGGAUCAUCCGUUUACUUCGAUCUGGUUACACGAGCGCGGUGAACAUCGGUUCAGACCGUGCUGUCUCUAUCCAGGAGCUUGCCGGUAUUGCGGUGCAGUGUGCGAAGCUCAGUCGUGAGCAGGUACACUUUCGCUACGAUCUCAACAAGCCCGUUGGAGUUGGAUCUCGUAACUCCAACAACGACUUUGUGCAGUCUCUUUUACAGUGGAGUCCUCAGGUUACCCUCGAAGUCGGUAUGGCGCGAACAGCAGAAUGGAUCUCUGGGGAGAUGGAUCGCCUUUUGUUAGGUGCAACCAAGGAGGAGCAUCAACGUCUCCUCGUAGGCAUGCAGACUAGCGAAACCGUGGACCUACACGUCCGAGGGAGGACCUUUGGCAUCCUUCUUCCUAUCACUUCCAGAGGAUCUGUCUCCCCAUAUGCCUGUCUCAACAAUCUCCGCGAAUUUGCACGAUCACUGCUGCGCACCACCAUAGACGAUAGGAGCCGUCUUGGUCAGCGAUUCCGACUGCAAGUGUACCUCGCCAUCGACCAUGAUGACGAGUUUCUCUUAAAGCUGGAUGGAAACGAGGCUGAGACUGUCUUGCGAGAUGAGGGGAUUUUUGAUGUUGUGACUUUGGCAUGUGACUUUCCGAGGGGCCAUGUCUGUGCGCUUUGGCGUCGCUGUGCUCUCCGAGCAUGGCAAGAUGGUUGCGACUACUUUAUCCUCUUGGGUGACGACGUCAUUUUGGAAGACAGCAAUUGGCUGUCUGCAGUUCAUGACACCUUCGCCGACUUUGUCCGGCGGGAGGGCGUUCCAGAGGGCUUCGGAUGUGUCGCCCUGACAGAUACCACAUUCCCCGGUAUGCCCACAUUUCCGGUCGUUCACAGAACGCAUAUGGAUAUCUUCGGCGGAAAGGUCAUCCCAGACUCGUUCAUCAAUCAGGACGGCGACCCAUUCCUGUUCCAAUUGUACAGACGCUGGGAUUGCUCCGGGAUGAUUCCGUCCCGCAUUCGCAACACAAUGGGAGGUAGUGGCGGUGCACGUUAUUGCAAGGUUUCUGCAGUAGACUGGACCUUUCAACCGCUGGACAGUGCGACAUCAACGGUGGAGAAUUGGGUCGGCAGACAUCAACCAGACGUGAAACGCAAGCUCACUCUAGACGUGGUGAUACCAUGUUAUAGGGUGUCGCUUCCCUAUCUUGAUGCAUUCUUGUCUCUGGAGUCGUCAACUACCUGCACGGUCAUGUUUAUUAUCAUCAUAGAUGACCCUAAGUCACCCAAUAUCUCCCAGCUUGACAAAUAUUCUGUUCGACCUGAUGUCCGCAUCCGUAUCAACGAUGUUAAUCGCGGCGCUUCUGCAUCUCGGAACCGCGGCAUGAAAGAGUCUGCGGCUGAAUGGAUCCUUUUUCUGGACGACGACGUGAAACCAGAGCCCAAUAUCCUCCGCAAGGCGGAAGAAAUCAUUCGUGCUCAUCCCAGCGCUGCUGGAUUCGUCGGCAAUUCUCAGUUUCCCUCUGCAGAUACUAUAUACACUGCGGCUGUACACCUCGCUGGUGUAACUUAUUUUUGGGACAUUGCCACGAAGGCAGGCGACAUGGCCAUGGCGUGUGAUUUGCCUUGGGGUGUUACUGCCAAUCUCAUGGUUCGUCGGAACGUGAAGGAUAAUGUCGAGUUCGAUGUAACCUUCCCAAAGACUGGUGGCGGAGAGGACAUUGACUUAUGCAUCAGAAAGAGGGCAUACUCGAUUGAGCGGGGCGGCGGGGGUUUCCAUGCCGCACCCGAUGUUGUGGUUACACAUCCGUGGUGGAAUGAUGGCAGUCGGUCCUACUGGCGCUUCUACAUGUGGUCAAAAGGCGACGGAGCUCUCAUCAAGUUGUAUCCGGACCUCACCUACAGAGAUAUUCCGAACAGUGCUGAAUUGCUGUCGUUGUCGGCACUCGUAAUCCUUAGUGGCUUCAGUUUGUGGAUGUCGCUCCUCCUCCUACAUGGGUCUGCCUCAAGAAGUUUCCUUCUAUCGCUUGGAUUGAGGAUGUGUAUUGCUGUUCUCCUCUCAAACAUUUUACACGAUAUGUACCGCCAUCUCUGGAGGGACGCUAAUAGGGCAGCAGCCAUCAAAACAAGCAUCGCCGGCUUCGCAUGGAUCAUCGCAGUCAUCGAGAGUUCGCUCAUCAGGAUCUUCAGUGAAUUCGGACGUCUCGUUGGCUUAGUCGAAAGGGGGCAAGUUGAGCUUCUAGGAACCAGGUUUGACUGGUUUACGAAUCGCGCAGGUGACGGUCCUAGAAAUGAGGAAAGGAAGAACAACUUGCAGAGAUUGACCAUGUCCGUUCUGAUAAUGGCGCUGCUUCUGGCCUAUGUGUGA